GGGCCCAGACCUCGGGGCGCGUCCAGAGGCCGAGCAGCGCUGGCGCGAGGAGGGCGACGUGGACCGCGUGCGGCGGCUGGCGCCAGGCCCCCUGGGGGCCGAGGUGGCGAGGGCGGCCGCCUGCGACCCGCGCCUCUCGGAGGGCGGCGUGGAGUGCUUCCCCGAGCUGCGGCUGGUCGAACCGCUCGACAUGGAGGGGGUCUGGAGGCGCCUCAGCCCGGUCGCCUACUUCGGCCACGACCGCAUCGGGCGCCCGAUCUUUCUUCGGGGCCCCGUGGGCGGGGCCGUCAAGAAGAAGAAGAAGAAGAAGGUCGACGACGGCAAACCCCAGGGUGGAGGGGUGCGACCAAAGCUGGGCAGACCCGUGCGCAUGGAGAUGGUGAUAUGUUUCUGUCACAAGGUCAUCGUGCUCCUCAUGAAUUUGCUCGCGGUAAGCGACGCCCAGUCGAAGCCGCCCGGCAACCUCCCAGGGCCGCGCGCGGCCGCCGCCCCGGGGUAUCAGGCAGCCCAGCGGCCGCAGCCAUCGUUCCUGCCCUUGAACAGCCGGCCAGCGUGCCGCGCCCGCGAGCCCGGGGGGCCGGCGCCCCCCAACGACGGUUGGGGCUCUGUUUAUAGGCUGUUCCUGGGAGCCUUGGGCGGUGCACUGGAGCUGCUCCGUGUAGGACCGGUUUUCCUGGUUGCCUAUAAGGAGCCCGCCUUGCAGGAGCUCGCCGACGUGUUCGAGUACUUCAACUCUGGCAUGCUCUGGCAUCGUAUUCCGACAAGUUGCAGCGAUGGCCCCCCGAGCCAUCCAGGCAGCAAGAAUGCGAGCAAGGAGAGCGUCCGGAAUGUGAGCAAGGAGAUCUUUCAGAGGUGGGAGCAGAAGGUGAUAAAGGCCUUCUGCAACCGAGAGGACAGGUCGACGGACGACGACUCGAGGGAGGCCCUCGGCGUCCUCGCGUUCGAGAAGUCGCUCGACACUGUCGACGGGAUGGACGUACCCGGCAUGGUCGCGGCUGGCAUGCGCGCCGCGCUGCCGCCGAAGCGGAAGCUGAAGCUGUGGCACGCCGAAAAGCAGGCCCCCGACAGCGUCUCCUACGGCUGCGACGGCGAGCUGUUUCGGUACCCCGUCUGCGAGGCCAGCGGCUGCGGCACCGCGCUGCAGCCGAUGGGCGCCGUCGUGCCCUUCGAGGGCGAGCGCUUCGCAAUGGUUCCUGGCUGCGACCUCCUGGCCUUGUCGGGCGACAUGUGCGCGUGGUGGCGCGAGCUGGCGGGCAGGAGGCUGCCAGGGUCCCUGGAGGCCGACCUGGUGCGGUGGCUGCAAUCCCUCUCGCAGGAGCUCGACGGUCAUGUCGCGCUGCGGUUCUGCCGCAUGCCACGCGAGCGGCGCGUCGUCGUCACAGCGGACGACGUCAUCAAGUCCACAGGCGCGUACUACGUGUGCGACCGCUUCGGGCCGAGGCAGGUGUGCGAAGGAAGCGGGCUGAUCUGUGUGGUCUCGACCACGGGCGUCAAGCCGGAUUGCGCCCCGGAGGUGCUCGACCUCGAGUGCCGCCCGACCUCACCAGGCCCCCCAGGCAGCGACCACGUCAGGUGGAGGGACAUCUGCAGGGCCGCGGUCAACGACAAGACGAUGCUCGCCAAGGUGACCGGGGAUGAGAGGUACCGCUUGCACGGCAUCACGAGGGCCGUGAGGGAUAAGGUGACCAAGAAGCGGUCGUCGACGAACUCGGAGGGCUCAAUGGACAGCGCCGACCAUAAUCACAUGAAGAUCCCGUUGGUGUUGAAUCCCCCGGCCACCUCGCUUCUGGAGUCGCAGCGCACGCCCCCGCAGGUCCACCUGCUGACACCGCCCGCCAGCGGGGCGCAGCCAGAGGCGGCAGCGCCGUCGCGGAAGCCGCCGCAGUUGGAGAGGGCUCGGUCGGGGACGUCGGGGUCCACGUCUCCCCCGCAGUCGCCGUCCGCGUCGCAGGACGAGGUGCCAAGAUCGCCCAGCAGCAAGGGCACCGCGCCGGAGUUGAUCGCCAACCAUGCGCCUACGACGGGACUACUACACUCCAGGUCGGCUACGAUGAGCAAAACUGGGCUGCCAGACCGGGAGCCAGCACCAGUUCCUGGACAUAUGUAG